CACGUUUUCUCGUGCCAGAGCAGGUGAGAAUUCCGCCGAACACCUCUCUCUCGCCUUGCAGGCUUGCCGCCCAUCCCGCCGCCGCCGCCGCCCAAUGCCACCGGCUACCCCUAACGCGACCAGAUGGCCCAAGACCCUCACCGCCGACAACCUCCACCGCCUGGUCCGCGCGGAGCAUGACCCGCGCCGUGCGCUCGCGCUCUUCGACGCGGCCACCGCUAGGCCCUCGUCGGCGUCCCCGCCCGACGAUUCGCCGCCCGCCGCCGGGCCCGUCCUCCCGUCACGGGACACCGUCUCCCUCCUCACGUCCCGCCUCGCCUCCGCCGGGCUCCUCCCGCUCGCUUCCUCCCUCCUCUUCCGCUCGCGCGAGCUCUUCCCCUCCCCCGGCGCGCUCGAGGCCCCCUUCCUAUCCCUCCUCCGCGCCUACUCCCGCGCCCACCAGCCCCUCGCCGCACUCCACCUCUUCCGAUCCGCGCCCUCCGCCCUCGGCCUCCCGCACUCCGCCCGCUCCUACACCGCGGUCCUUGCCACCCUCGUCGCUCAUUCCCAACUCUCCCUGGCGCGUUCUCUCCUCGCCGACAUGCGCGCCGCUGGCUUUGCCCCCACCACUGCCACCUACAACGUUCUCAUAAAGGCCCACUGCUCCGACGCCGCCGUCCCCAUCGACGACGCCGUCCGCCUUUUUCAAAACAUCGCUAAGCCCGACGUGUGCUCCUACAACACUGUCAUUGAUGGGCUCUGCCGCCGCGGCCGCCUGCCAGAGGCCUGCGACCUGUUCGCGGAGAUGAUUGCGAAUGGCAUUGCACCAACGGUGGUUACUUACACUACUGUUAUCCACUGGCUCGCGCGGGAGGCUUGCUUUGAUGAUGCACUUAAACUGUUCGAUGAAAUGUCCGGGAGAGGCAUCAUGCCGAAUGUGGUAACAUACAGUUCACUGAUCGACGGGUUGUGCAAGGGUGGGCGUGCAGCCUCAGCACUGGAGUUGCUAGACAGGAUGGUCAGGGAGAGGAAGCUUCCAAAUACAAUCACAUAUAGUUCUGUUAUUGAUGGGCUCUGUAAGGAGGGCCGGCUGGGUCAGGCAAUGGAGAUUUUAGACAGGAUGCGUCUCCAGGGGAGGAAGCCUGAUGCUGGGUUAUUUGGUAAGCUAAUUACUGGGUUAUGUGAUUCAGGAAGGGCUUUGGAGGCUGCAAAUUACCUGGAUGAGAUGAUUCUUGCUGGCAUUGAACCGAACCGCUUGACUUGGAGCCUGCAUAGCAAGAUAAAUGAUGCAGUGGUGAAAACACUAUGUGCUAAGGGUGAAGUUAGCAGGGCUUUUCAGGUGUACCAGAGCAUGCGGACCCGUGGAAUUUCUACUGAGCCAAAAACUUUCCAUCUCCUAGUAGAAUGCUUAUCAAAGAAGAACUAUUUAGAGAAAGCUGCUCAUGUUGUGCGCGACAUGUUAUCAGAAAGAUGCAUCCCUGAGAGGGAAACAUGGGAUACAAUUGUGCGUGCAUAUUGGAGUAAGAAAAAGGUAAGACAAGAAGCUGAGGAAAUGUGGAGCCAGUUAACAGUUACAAAUUGAAACAGUCUACACUGUUGAUACAUCGUAUGCACGAGCUGUUGCCAAGCAAACAUUGUGAUCAGAGGUCAUAUACUUGUUAGUCCUUCCAUCAUGUUGUUACACAUUGAUGAUAACUGUGAACUGUUUUUGAAGCUACAAGCAACUGGCAAUAGUCAGGCCCAAACAACUUUACAAAAUAUGGAUUUAUGGAUCUUCAUGCUAUUGGCUAGGAGAGCAGGAGUAUAACCAUGAAAAAAAAAUCAAAAGACAGAAUAUCAAUCAUCAAGAUACACGCUACUGCUUGAUUUAUCAACAAGAACUUGAGCAAGCAAGAUCUUUGACUACCCAACUAUUGUGGAGAGAGUGGAGAGCCAAUGCCAUUGUGGGUGGCUGGGAAACUGACAAACUGCAUCCUGCCAAUAACCACCACAGUAGCCAGCAAUACUGUGAGAACUUGCUUUGUAUCCUCUUAUGGUAUUUUAAAAGCAAAACACCAGUCUAACAGCGCUAUGGCAACAAAAGUCAUUGCUGAAACAGUUCCAUGGACAAAGUCUAUAAAUUGUAUCAAUUCCACUACAACGUAUGCAUCAAGAGGUGCUCCGUUGUAGAUGACCUGGAAUCCCCCAAACCUAUAGCGUGCAUUCCCUUCCUUAUCCCUGAAGCCAUAGGCGAAACUGAGAAGAAAGCAUGGCAAUUCACAUAGCACAACAAACCCUCAUGUUACCAUUUGAUGGAUGUCACUGCAGGAGCCUUGUGUUUGUGCUGCCAAGGUUGGAGCUUGGAACUGGAAGACAAGCACAGUGCCUGAUGGGAAGAAACUUGGUCAUGCGCUUGUAUAUCCGGCCGAUUACUUUCUGCAUGGGCUCAUGUGUUGCUUGUGCGAUCAAAUAUAUUCAACAAAAGAGGAUGCCUCUGAUCCUGAUCCUGCCAGUAAUUCUAUCGUGGUGACGGUGGUGUGGAGCAGACAUUUGGCCCAAUCUUUUCGCUUAUACUUAUGUUUAUAAGCUAAAAUUUGAAUUUUAAGACAUAAAUUUAGAGUUGAUUUUAUG